CUGCAGGAGCGGAUCACUGUGCGCGCGCCCGUGCGGAGUUUCCAGCGCGAGGUAAAACUCGUUCGCGUGUUUUCUUUAAAUGAAGUAUUGAGUGGAAUAUUUUGGUCACUGCCCUGAAAUAUCAGCCGGAGCUUUGAGUCGAGUCCAUCAGAACACACUCUUUACCAGCAAACCCCACUGAAGAUGAUGAAGAUGAUGAAGAUGAAGAGCAUCACGUGUCUUAUAGCCGUUCUUCUGUGUGUGAGAACUGCAGCUUCAGACUCCAGUGUGAUCUGUGAGCUGAAGGAUGUUCCCGGAAACAGCAAUGAUUGGAUCGUCCUGAAGGAAACGCCUCUGGGAUGCUGGACGGAUUUUACCACCCGGGGCGACGAGAGAGAAGUCCACAUCCUAAACCUGCUGUACACACACGAUCAAAAUAUGUUCUUCUCCCUCAACGUAACUGCAGCGAACCCGUCUGUGCUGAUCAUCACCUCUACAGCCACACCAGCCAUCCAGGUCGUGCUUCAGGACAAUCCCGCAGUGGCGAUCGUAGUGACGAAUGGGACUUCAAUAAAGUUUUUGGGAGGAGGAUCUCCGUCUCAUCCGCCAGAAGUUGUGCCGUCGGCAGACGGAGAUUCUGAACUUCUGAAAUGGGCCGCAGAUACAUAUGGAGGAGUCACGUCCUUCACCACGGCACGACAUCCCAGUAACGUCAUUUUCACUGGGAUUAAGGGCAAGCUCUUCCAGCGACCCUCCACAUGUGACCUGCAGCCGGAAACACCAGCAGAUAAACACUUCAUCAACCUGGAGCUGUUCGAGCCAUCCAAUGAGCUGCAAUCGUGUUACAUGAAGCAUCCUGGAGAACAGCUGCACGUGAUUAAUAUUCCUGACGACAUCAAAAUAAGGCAUGUGUCUUUGCAUUUGUCAUCUGAGUCUAAACUGUUCCUCAGAGGUCCACCAAACACUGAGUGGAAAAUCCACUCGAGUCACGACAUCAAAUGUUGGUCCAACAAUCUUAUAAUCUUGAAUGACCUGAGAUUACCCCCGAGGGGAAACGUUUCAGAUGAGGCUGGAGACAUCAGACAGAAGGCUAUGAAAUACUACGACGGCACGUCCAUCAACAGCUACUCUGAGAUCCGUCUGAACGCGCCACACAUCCAGCUGUGGAUCAGUGACUACACCAGCCCCUCAGGACCAGCAGAAGGGCAGCUCACGACACCGGCACCCACUUCUAAAUCAGCGGCUCUUUUUGAGAUGCUGUUGUUCUCGUCUCCAGACUUCAGGUCACCUCUGGAUUCCAGCAGCAAAGUUCUGAGUGACAAGAGGGUCUAUGCGGAGAUCUCCCAUCCGAUCAUCGAAGGGAUCCCGUUCAGCAUCAAGGUCAGCCGGUGUUGGGUUCGAUCCACGCCAGUGGUGAGGAAAAUAUCGCUCAAAGAGGAGUCGUGUUUCAACGACUGCCCCAACAAGCUCAGGUUCUCCUUCGAGAUGCUCCAGGACCUGCCGUCCAGCUCGUGGGACCUCGAAUGCACAGUUCAACUUUGUUUUGCCACGCAUCAUGGGUUUUGUGACAAAGAAACACAAGUCAAGAGGAACUUGCAGGUCAAGCCAUAUAUACCGAACCCAAAUCCGUGUUUUGAGUUCGGUCUCUCGGCUGUUCUGGGAAUCGCGUUCGGAGGAUUCCUGAUCGGGGUUCUCCUCACCGGUGCUUUAUGGUUCAUUAAGAUUCGCACAGGGCAUCCUGUGGCUCUGGGAAUGAGAUCAGCAGCGGCCGAACUCUCAGUGCUUUCUCUAUCCGGAUGCCCAUGUGGUUUGACCAAACGCCAGCCCGUGCCCACCCACCCGUCUCCGUCCGAGGACAGCAGUGCCAACGCCAGCAUCGGCAGCACCCAGAGCACACCCACCAGCAGCAUGGCAUAACGUCAUAACAUAAC